UGUUAGAUGAGAUAAAGCUUACAGAGUUUAGAUUUUGGGCUGCCGGGUGCGAUAAGUAAUAAUGAGUUACAGGCUACAUUAAGAUAUAUCAAGGUUGGAGACCAAAGUUGAGAGGCUAAAGUCGGUAGUACAAGUUAAAGAUAGGGAGAUUGCAACAGUUACACGAAUAGAAGCCAAAGGUAAGGCUGCUUUUAAAGCUCAAAUUGACAAGCUACAGUAGGAAAAUGUUGAACUCCAGAGAAGGGUUAUUGGCAAUCAGCAAGUAAGAACUCAACAAAUACAUGAGAUGAAGAAGAAAGAAAAGGAGUACAUCAAAUUGCAGGCUACAUUAAGAUAUAGCAAGGUUGGAGACCAAAGUUGAGAGGCUAAAGUCGGUAGUACAAGUUAAAGAUAGGGAGAUUGCAACAGUUACACGAAUAGAAGCCAAAGGUAAGGCUGCUUUUAAAGCUCAAAUUGACAAGCUACAGUAGGAAAAUGUUGAACUCCAGAGAAGGGUUAUUGGCAAUCAGCAAGUAGGAACUCAACAAAUACCUGAGGUGAAGAAGAAAGAAAAGGAGUACAUCAAAUUAAAGAGGGGUGACGACGUGGAACUUGGAAUGGCAAGAAAACUGAUAACGAUUUCUAUAAAAGGAUAGUGGAUGCUUAUGAAGUUAAAAAUCAAGAAUUGACGUCAGAGAAUGCUUAUUUAAAGACAUUGACCAGUAAAUGCAGAUGAUGGAUACGACACUGCCAACGGAGAGGAGUGGGGAAGAAAUGGAGAGGUCCGGUGAAAACAAAGCUGAAAUCGGAAAGGAGUGGAGAAGCGUUCACCAGAGUUGAAGUCGAAACUAAAACAGAGACCCGUGGAGAAGAAAUGGAGAGGUUCGGUAAAAAAUUUGAAAUCAGAAAAGAGUGGAGAGUCGUGGAGAAGAAAUGGAUGGAAGUGGAGAAGAAAUGGAUGGAAGAGAAGAGACGUUCACUAGAGGCACCAAGUUGAAGGAACUGUAUAAGCGAAUGAGUUCAAAAGCGGGAGGCCACUUCAAAACCAAUCGCAUCGAAGAAAAAUGGAGGGAAACCGAGGAAGCUUGGAGAGAAUUGAAGUAAUGAGAAAAAUCACAGAGCUAACGAGAUCUAUGAUCGUCGAACUGAGCAAUGGAAGCUCCAGGAUGAUCGCCAUCGAUCGAUUCAAAAGUUACUGCUCCAAUUCCCUUGAAAACUGUUGUUGUAGGUUCAAUUUAUCUGAAGGGAAGGAUGUUCUAACACUUCAAAGGGAAAGCCACGUCCGUAGACUAGAUGUCUUGCUUAGAGUUCUACUCAUAAUUCAGCAGCUUCUGGGAGAAAAUAGACAUAGCUCAAAGAGAGAUAUAUAUUAUAUGCAUCCCUCUAUAUUUACAGAUCAGUCAGUUGUUGACCGGGCAAUCAACGACAUCUGCAUUCUUUUGCAAUGUAGCCGGCAUAAUCUGAAUGUGGUUUCUGUUGGUAAUGGGUUGGUGAUGGGUUGGUUGAGAUUCUCAGAAGCUGGCAGAAGAUUUGAUUGCUUGAAGAAGCCUAACAGUGCCCACUUUAUUCCUGUUCAAGUUGAAGAAGUUAUAGGUACGCUGUCUUCCUGAUACUAGAUAUAUAAUGUUAGAAUUAAUGGGCUUUAAGCCCAAGGAAAGAUUAACCCUAAUAUUCUCUUCUUUUUUA